AUGGCCCGAACGACACAGGCGCCAAGGUUGGCAUGUGCCGUGCUGCUGCUGGCCGCCACGGCCGGUGUGUCGGCAUUACCAACGACAGACGCGGAAGGAGGCACACACUGGAUCCAGAAGCGGGCCAUCAUGCGCGGCAAGGACUUCGUACCGCUCGGCAAGACCAACAUCCCCCUCACGCCUCUGCUCCUCAUCUUUUGCGCGCUCGGCUUCUCGGUGCUGGCGCUGCUGUACGCUCUCAUCAACCUCUUUUGCACCAGCCGCCUCUCGAGAUCCAGCCGGCAGAUCAAUGAGGAGAGGUCCCGAGCAAAGCAAGACCUGCGCGUCCGUGGCGCUUCCCGCUCUGCACUCAGCCCUGGAGGCUCGCCAACGCCAGGCUCGAGCAGCAGUCUCGAUUCGGCGGGCCGUAAGCUGCCGCCCAACAAGGUGCCCAAGCGGGUCGGCGGCGGGUCGGUACUGCCGCGAAUCGGCGGCCUGGAUAGGAGGCAAAGCCGCGGCUACCGUGGCACGUCAUUCUCGCUCGCAGACGCAGGCAAGAGGAGCAGCAAAGCCAAGGUCGGCACGCUCGGCCUGCCGGUGCUGGCUACGGACGGGCUGUCGAGCGGAUCCUCGUUCCAGAUCAGCCCCAACGACCUUGAGACGGGCGAAGCUUCGCGAUCGCCACUCUCCAUAGUCGCGGGAAAGCGGGCCAGCUCGCUCGCUGUCCAGGGUCGCGGACUGUCAAACGGCAGCAGCGUGAGCGGCAGCAGCGGAGCCAGCAGCAGUACCGGCGUCGCGGGCGGCAGCGGCAGCGGCGCCGUCGUCGGUGGGCGGCCUCCUGGUUUCGGGACACGGCACAUCUACCGCACCAGCAGCUCGGUCGGGCUGGGCGCCGACCUGUUCAAGUCGAGGAACAGCGUUAUCGGCAGCAUACCGGUCAAUCCGAGCGCCAUGGACAGAACCUACGCCACCGCCGAGUACGGCCACCCGCUCGACCACUCGCAUGACCUGCGCAGGCACAUCACCGACCCUACCGGCGUGCCGCUGUCGAACAGCAGGCGCAACUCUUCGUACUCGCUUUACGACAACACGAGCAGCGAGGCGCACAGCUUCAACGACAGCAUGGCCAACAGCCGCAUGGGCUCCUUCAGCCUCGCCACGUCGAAGCCGCUGCAGCCGCUCAGCUCGCCGCAGUUUGGCCACGGCUCGAUGGGCUCGCUGGCCGGCCAGCUCGGCAGCGGCGCCUCGUCACCUCGACAGACGGGCUACGCCACUCCCAUCGGCGGUCCCUCGUCUGCGAUGGGCGUCUCCGACAGCAGCUACAUGCCGCGCAACAAGUCGUACGACAGCGACGAGGGCGAUGCCAUCACGGCACAGAGCAGACUGCUGUCGUCGUCGGGCAAAACGUACAAGUCGCCGGCGCGCAUCUAA